GAGAAUGGGAGGAUUGGAUAUGAAACAGAGUCACAGACAUGGAAGCUCUGAGCUGCCAAUGUCGCUUCACAACGUCGUACCGAAACAGAGCCACUGCUCGAAGGUUCAGACAGAGGCACUCCAUCUCUUGCUCUGCGCAGCCCUCUCAACCCAACAUCAAAGUUGUCAUCAAUGGAGCAGCCAAGGAAAUUGGGCGGGCGGCGGUGGUCGCAGUGACCAAAGCCAGGGGAAUGGAGGUUGCUGGUGCAGUCGAUUCUCAUCUUGUCGGAGAAGAUGUUGGAAAGGUGGCUGAUAUGGAGCCUCUAGAGGUACCCAUUAUCAAUGAUCUCACCAUGGUUUUGGGCUCCAUCUCUCAGUCGAAAGAAGCUGGAGUUGUGGUCGAUUUCACCGACCCUUCCACUGUUUAUGACAAUGUGAAACAGGCAACAGCAUUCGGCAUGAGAAGUGUAGUCUAUGUGCCUCGAAUAAAGCUGGACACAGUGACAGCAUUAUCGGCUUUCUGUGAAAAGGCCAGCAUGGGAUGUCUGGUUGCGCCAACUCUCUCGAUAGGAUCCAUACUGCUCCAGCAAGCUGCAAUCUCAGCUUCAUUUCACUACAACAACGUGGAAAUCGUUGAAUCCAGGGCCAAUUCAAGAGAUCUACCAUCAGCAGAUGCUGUCCAGAUAGCCAAUAAUCUCUCAAAUCUCGGCCAGCUCUACAACAGGGAAGACUUGUCGACCGAUGUGAAGGCGAGAGGGCAAGUUUUGGGAGAAGACGGAGUUCGAGUGCAUAGCUUGGUGCUUCCGGGCCUUCCUUCCAGUACAGCAGUUCACUUCUCCGGACCAGGAGAGAUAUACACCAUUAAGCAUGAUAUCACGGAUGUUCAGUGCCUCAUGCCCGGCUUAAUCCUGGCAAUUAGGAAAGUCAUCCGUCUUAAGAACUUGAUUUAUGGCUUGGAGAAGUUUUUGUAGAAACAGCAAGCGGUUUAAUUGAGGGAACUUGCAAUCUGUGUAUCACAAGAGAACUGGACAGGGUGGGGAAGAGACACAGAUAAUUUGCAAUGACACAUAUGAAAAGCUAUCAUUCAUUUUCUCAUAUGUUCAUCGAAAAAACAAGAGACAAUGUUAUAUGUUAUGAGAAGGCAAAGGCAUUUGCCAUUUAAAAAAUCGGCAUCGAUGCUCAUUAACAGCCGGAUC